AAGUUCAAGUGUGUUGGUUGUUGUUAUUUUUUUUAAUAAUUUUUCAAAGAAUGUAAUUAAUUAAAUAGAUUUCUAGGAAAUGCACACACAUUCAUAUAUGCAUACUUACCUUAUAUACCUAUUAUAUUUAUUCUUAAUGCCUUUUUGUAAUAAAUCUUAAAUUUGUUUUAUUUCAACAUAAAAUGCGUUUAACAAAUUAUUUACUUUCUUCUGUCGUCUCAAAAAGACCUUUUUACAUAACAACGCCUAUAUUUUACGUUAAUGCUGCUCCACACUUGGGUCACUUAUACACAGCAGUUUUAGCAGAUGCAAUUCAAAGAUUUGAGAAAAUAACAAAUUCAGAUAUUAAUGUCACAUUCAGCACAGGUACUGAUGAACAUGGCACUAAAAUACAGCAGGCUGCAGCCAAAGCUAAUCUCAGCUUACCGGACUAUUGCACCACUAUAUCUCAGGAAUAUAAGUAUAUGUUUAAGGAGUAUCACAUAGAAUACACAGAUUUCAUAAGAACUACUGAGGAGAGGCAUCUAAAGGCAGUCCAACAUUUCUGGCGAAGACUUGUCAAAGAUGACUAUAUAUACAAGGCGAAGUACUCGGGAUGGUACAGUGUCAAUGACGAGGCAUUUGUACCAGAGUCACACACGAGAGAAGAGAACACUCAUGAUGGUAAGGUUCGAGUAUCAGUUGAGUCGGGUCAUAAAUUGGAAUGGACGGAGGAGACCAACUACAUGUUCAGGCUGAGCGCCUUCAAAACACAACUGCAACAGUGGCUGAGAACAGAUGGAGUGAUUAGACCGAGCAAGUUCCAAAAACAGUUGCAAGAUAUGCUGGAGAACGAGGUCUACUUCCCGGAUAUAUCAGUCAGCCGACCUGCUAGCAGGGUGCACUGGGCUAUACGGGUGCCUGAUGAUGAGGAGCAGAGUAUCUACGUGUGGUUGGACGCGCUCAUCAACUAUCUGUCGGUGAUCGGAUAUCCCGAUGAAGAUCUGAUGAAGCAGAAGAACAGGCCGUGGCCCGCAGACCUACAUGUGCUCGGCAAGGAUAUACUGAAAUUCCACGGCAUCUACUGGCCGGCGUUUCUGAUGGCUGCGAGAUGGCCGCCGCCACGUGGCAUCCUGUGUCACAGCCACUGGACAGUAGACGGUGUGAAAAUGUCCAAGUCCCUCGGGAACGUGGUGAGGCCACCGUUGAAUGCCGCCGGUACCGCCUACGGAACUGCCCUCAGGUAUCUUCUUCUGCGGGAAGCCACCUUACAGGACGAUGCAAACUACAGUGAAACAAAGCUAAUCAACGUGGCCAACUCGGAGCUGGCGGACACUCUGGGUAACCUGGUGAGUCGGUGCUGCGGACCCGCGCUCAACCCUCGCGCUGAGCUGCCACCGCUACAUCCUCGUGGGCUGGAGCCAGCGGUCACUGACCAGCUCAUGACACAAGUCGAUCGGCUGCCUGAAAUUUGCCACAAGCACUAUUCAAACUAUCAGUUCUACAAAGCGGCUGACGCCGUUAUGUCCGUGUUGCGGACAGCCAAUCAGUUCUUUGAGACUUCCAAACCUUGGGAACUGAGGAAAGAUCCGUCUCGCCAGAAAGAAUUAGAUGUAGUACUACAUUUGACGCUCGAGACGUUGAGGAUAUGCGCGAUUAUCCUUCAGCCAAUGGUACCAGAUAUUAGUGAGAGGUUACUGGACAAGUUGCAAGUCCCGAAGACUUGUAGGAGCUGGCAACACUGUGAGACGGCAUCUUGGCGACUCAAGGGCGCUAUCUAUGAACCCAAGAACAUACAGGCCGGGAAGUUUGUGUUGUUUCCGCGGAUUUAUACAGAGAAGAAAGUGAAGAAGGCGUCUGUGUAGUGUAAAGAUUGUGAAAUAUAGAUGUAUUAUACUUCCACAA